AAAUUUUUAACUGAAGACACUAUGCACUGUAGUUCUUUCCAUAGAGAACUGACUGAUAUUUGAAGAAGGUUUUCAUUUCUCCAAGAAGAGUAUGAUGUAUCUUUCUCAAGCUUCACUCUUGUUUUUAAAUGUAUGUAUUUUUUUUUGUGGAGAAGCUAUACAAGGUAACUAUGUACGUCAUUCUACGGAUUCCCCAGUAGUUAACACUGUAGAAGAUGUAUCUAAUGCAAAAGAUGAAAGUAAAAAUAAUGAUACUAUUUAUAAGGAAGACUGUGAGGAAUCAUGUGAUGUUAAAACUAAAAUAACACGAGAAGAAAAACAUUUCAUGUGUAGAAAUUUGCAAAGUUCUAUUGUUUCCUACACACGAAGUACCAAAAAACUAUUAAGAAAUAUGAUGGAUGAGCAGCAAGCUUCCUUGGAUUAUUUAUCUAAUCAGGUUAAUGAGCUCAUGAAUCGAGUUCUCCUUUUGACUACGGAAGUCUUUAGAAAACAGCUGGAUCCUUUUCCUCACAGACCAGUUCAGUCACAUGGUUUAGACUGUACUGACAUUAAAGAUACCAUUGGCUCUGUCACCAAAACACCCAGUGGUUUAUAUAUAAUCCACCCAGAAGGAUCUAGUUACCCAUUUGAGGUAAUGUGUGACAUGGAUUACAGAGGAGGUGGAUGGACUGUGAUACAGAAAAGGAUUGAUGGAAUAAUUGAUUUCCAAAGGUUGUGGUGUGAUUAUCUGGAUGGAUUUGGUGACCUUCUAGGUGAAUUUUGGCUAGGACUGAAAAAGAUUUUUUAUAUAGUAAAUCAGAAAAAUACCAGUUUUAUGUUAUAUGUGGCAUUGGAAUCCGAAGAUGACACAUUGGCUUAUGCAUCAUAUGAUAAUUUUUGGCUAGAGGAUGAAACGAGAUUUUUCAAAAUGCACAUAGGACGGUAUUCAGGAAAUGCUGGUGAUGCAUUCCGGGGCUUCCGUAAAGAAGAUAAUCAAAAUGCAAUGCCUUUUAGCACAUCAGAUGUUGACAAUGAUGGAUGUCGCCCUGCAUGCUUGAUCAAUGGUCAGUCUGUGAAGAGUUGCAGCCACCUCAGUAACAACACCGGCUGGUGGUUCAACCAGUGUGGCCUAGCAAAUCUGAAUGGCAUUCAUCACUUCCCUGGAAAACUGCUUGCAACUGGAAUCCAAUGGGGCACAUGGACAAAAAACAACUCGCCUGUCAAGAUCAAAUCUGUGUCCAUGAAAAUUAGAAGAACUUACAAUCCAUAUUUUAAGUAACCUCAUUUUAAAUUUUAAUGCAUGUUCCAUAGUCAUUUUUGAUAAUAUAUAAAAGAUUUAACAUAGUUUCUCUUCUUACAGGGUGUUUCAAAUAUAUUAGCCAAAAUUUCACUGUUGAUGACAUCUAGUGUUAAGGGUUUAAUUAGAAAUCAUUGAUUUUGUAGUGUUUUGUACAAGAGAACAUGGCUCAGUGUAUGGGUUUAUUACUAAUUAUAUUAGCAAUAUGCAAUAAAAUCUGUUCUAAGUGAAUUGCAACUUGUCUUCUUGGAGUCUAUUGCCCUUUAAAAGAAUUUUCCUUGUUCUUUAAAGCAUAUGUACCAUAGCAGAUUGUUAGGAAAAUUUAGGAUAGCAUUGUACUUAUUUCUUUAUUCUUCAAAGGGGUUAACUAUGUAAUCCAUGGAUAAUUUCUACUGAAGACAAUUAUAAGGAAUAAUUUUGUGCAGAUUAAUAUGCAACUUCACAUGGCUUUAAAACUUCAUUAUUUCCAGGUUAUUCUACAAUAUUUUAUAGGUAAUGAGUUUCCUGCAAAAAUAAAAUCCUUUUUGUUUUCA